GUCUCUUUGUGCUCGCACGUCCCGAAUUUCACAAGCGAACGUCCCCCGCUCGCCGCCCUCCACUCUCAAGAGUCCAAGUUUCAAGCACCACAAGCAUUCACACACACACACACACACACUCAGCUUCAGAAAUUACCGUGCAGACAAUGAAGAACACGGGCAAGCCAGCAGCAACUGCAGGCCGCACGAGGUCAACCGCGCCCACGAGGACUGCUGAUCGUGCUGCAUCCGGACACAAGCCGAACACAGCCCCGGCGAAGAAGAAGGCAGCAGCAACAAAGCCUGCUGGAUCUGCAGACAAGACGCAAGCGGCUGCCGCAUCUGCUGCAGGCGGCGUCGAGGCGCCUCGUGCUGCAGUCAGCAAGCCCAAAGCGCACACAAAGAAGCCAAAGGUGGCUGAGCCUGUUGCCCCGCUUCCCGCCCUGCCCUCCAAGCCCGGCGAUGUUUCAGCCAACUGGAAGGCGCUCAUGGCGACGCUGCCCCCGUCCAAGCCACAAACUACCUUCAAGCGUCGCCGGGACAUGAAGCGUCAAGAAAACGACCAAGAUUCGACCGACGCAACCGGAGCGCGGAAACGAGUCGCACUCGACGAAAGUGCCGCUGCGGAACCUCUUAAACGAGGCAAGACCAAGCGAGUUUGGAAGGACUUGUCAUCGCUGAUUGCUGGAGACUUUGCUGGACCGACAAAGUUUAUCGCAGUCGAUUGCGAAAUGGUCGGUGUUGGAGAGCGAGGCGAGCGUAGCGCCUUGGCACGUGUUUCGGUGGUCAACUACUUUGGCCAAGUACUGUACGAUUCGUUUGUCAAGCCCCAAGAGCGUGUCACCGACUAUCGCACCCGCUGGUCUGGAGUUCGACCAAAGGAUCUCGUUAACGCUGUUACGUUUGCUGAAGCACAAAAAGCCGUGUCCGCCAUCAUUCGAGGACGAAAGUUGGUCGCGCACGCUGCCUCGAACGAUCUGCAAGCAAUGCUUUUGUCGCAUCCAAAGCACGACUUGAUAGACACGUCCUUGUUCCGCCCAUUCAAGCAGUACUCCAAAGGUCGGACGCCUGGUUUGAAGCGUUUGGCCAUGGAGCUGCUCGAUGUCAACAUCCAGAUUGGCGAGCACUCUUCGGUGGAAGACGCUCGCGCCACAAUGGCCAUCUUCAGGAAGAUUCAACCCGAAUGGGACAGCACGAAAAACAUGAAGCCGUCCGAGGUGCGCCGUCUGAAGGAAGAUCGCGUUCGCCGCAAGCAGCACCAAGCCGACAAUGAGAGCGACAGCGACGAAGAUGAUGAAGAUGAUGACGAGUCCGAGGAGCAAGAUGUGGCAACGGUUGAAGCGAUCAUGGCUGCUCGUUUUGGCAACGAUGAUGACGACGAGCCCUCUGAUGCUGGACGCAAGGAGAUGGAUUAUGAAGAAUGGACUGCUCGCAACGCCGAGAAGGCCCAGGCAAAGCUCAAGGCACGCGCAGACGGUAUUGCCAGCAGUGUCGACAGCAUGCUUUCUUCAGGACGCGCCAUGCCGGCGACCAGCGCACCCACCCCAUCGCGUUCGGUGUUGGCCAUCGAGAUGAACGUCAAGCCGGAUCAGGUGGCGACCUCAGCGCUCCGACGAAAGCAGCAGCAGAGCAAGGCAAAAUCGUCCGCGCCCGCUGUGGCAGCGCCCGUUGUUGCCUCCAAGCUGACUUCCAGUUGCAGCGUUGCAUUCGGUGGCGUGGUGCGCAAUGGUCAAGGUGUCGUUUCCUCGUCUGCGACAGCCUCAGCGUCAGCCAACCUGCUCAUGAACAAGUUUAUGCAAGCGGCCCAAAAGUCAAAGACGUCUGCCACUCUAUCACGCUGGUAGACCCGUUUUGUUUCGUUGCUGUUGUAUUCGACAGACUGCAUCACGUCAACUCCACCUCCCUCACCAUCACCAUCACCACCACCAUGCACCGAUGCUAUGAAGUGGCGCGGUGCACAUGUUUCAUGAUUUGGUUGUCACUGGAACACAAUAUGCUGUAGAAAAACAAAACAAAAACACUGAUGCAAAAAGGCAACA